GGAGAGUAUGUCUAUUAUCUAUGGCGAAUUUGAUGGAUUGAAAAGCUGGUGUUGCUGGGUUAUAUAAGAUAUAAUGGUACUAAUAGGCGUGAGACUUGCCAUCAUUUAAAUGUUGGAGAUGCUGAGAAAAAAAGGCAAGAAAGGACGCUGAUUAAGUUCAAUUCGUGUUCAUCAACGGAUAAGAAGUAAUAAUACAUCUAAUAUCUAAUACAAAUAUAGAGAAUAGAAAAAGAGGGAAAUUUUGAAGAUUCGUUUACUAAAUUAUGCUUUGUGGGACUAUAUUGAUAGCUCUGUUGCAUCUUGAUUCUCUUCCAGAAAAUGAGUGUCAGCGGGAAUGUGCAUCAAGUUCUGUACAAUGUCUCUCCUGCAGCACACCGAAUAAUACGCAUAUCGCCACAUGCAGGCAAAUAAGUAGUCCCUCCUACUGCAUGUAUUACAAACGCCUGUCACAGGCCGAAACAAACGGACAAGAUGGCCGAUCUCCGCAGGUGGUGAUAGCCGCAUCCGAGCUACACGCGCUCCGUCUGACGGAGGCUGCUGGCGCCAUGGCCGAGGUGAACAGCGGCCGAUGGCUCCGGCGCCGGGGCUUCUUCCUUACAGUCGCUAUUAUCAUCUCGAGCAGCUUUAGCAGCUUUUGCUGGAGAGCGACUCGCUCCACCUGGUUUAGCCGAGGAUGGCGCGGGCGGCAUGCGGCGGCUGAACGAGGAGAAAAUCGGCGGAGCUUAGCAGGGGGGAGGAGAGAUUUGGCUCGGCUCUCCAAGAUUUUGAGAGUUUCUGGGGGAUAGCGGCCAUUGAAGCUUUUUUUUUUCUUUUUAUUCGUCUCUCCCCCGUCUUCCUU